GCCUGGCGCCUCCUCAGCGGUGGGGCCGCCCCGCCAGAGCCCCCCCGGGAGCGCGGCGCGGCGGGGCCCUACGCCGAGCUGUAUGAAAACCCCUGGACCAUCCCAAAUAUCCUGUCCAUGGCGAGAAUGGGUCUGGCGCCAGUUUUAGGCUAUUUGAUUGUUGAGGAGAAUUUCAGCGUUGCCCUCGGUGUCUUUGUCCUGGCUGGCGUGACAGACCUGUUGGAUGGAUUUAUUGCACGGAAUUGGGCUAAUCAGAAAUCAGCACUGGGAAGUGCUCUCGAUCCCCUGGCAGAUAAAAUUCUCAUCAGUGUGCUCUACGUGAGCCUAACUUGUGCAAAUCUUAUCCCAGUUCCACUGACUUCCAUGAUUAUCCUGCGGGAUGCGGCGCUCAUUGCUGCGGUUUUUUACGUGCGGUACAAAACUCUUUCUCCACCGAGAACACUGAGUAGGUAUUUUAACCCCUGUUAUGCUACCGCACAAUUAAAACCAACAUUCAUUAGCAAGAUGAACACAGCAGUCCAGCUGAUUUUGGUGGCGGCUUCUUUAGCAGCUCCUGUUUUCAAUUAUGUGGACAGCAUCUAUCUGCAGACAUUAUGGUGCAUCACAGCUUUCACAACGGUGACAUCUGCCUACAGCUAUUACCACUACGGUAGAAAAACUGUCCAGGUGAUCAGGAACAAGUGAAGUGGUGCAGGUGAUAAAGGUGAAGUGUUCCUGGAAGGGCAGGAAGGUGCUGUGCCCCAAGAGGUGGUGGUAUUGCAGCUGAGUUUUGGAUCAAAGCACUCUUUGUUUUUCUGCUUAAACCAUGGCAUCACAAUGAAGUGAAAUUUGAACAUGUACUGUGUAUAUAUGUAGAGAGAGACUUUUCAAUGUAUUUUUAAUUUCUUUAAAAAUGAGGUUGUUUACAAAAACAAAUAAAUAAGAUUCUUAAAAACA